UACGCCCAGGACUUCGCCGAGGUUAUCAGGCUCCGUGUAAUCUUUCCAUAGUCAGGUUUCUGGAUUACACACUGGGCCUGUCGUAUAGUCUCAACAGAGCAGGUUACCGACUUCACGUCCUGCGCCGCCAUGGUACCCGUUCGGCCCAGCAUUACGUCCCCGUCAUCGAGCCUGAUGAGCCUCUGUCUUCCGGCUUCACCACAAGGUAUUGUACCAAGUCGAUCAGUUCUAGCUGCUAGGGAACAUCAAGGCUCCCAAGCCCGUCCUGCGCUCUGCUCUCGGUCCAUCCUUCUCAUUCUCAUCAGAGAGGCCGAUACCUUAGACAGGAUGAUGUGAUGAUGUUAUGGACGACUGGAGGUACAGAAUCACAGACAAUGCACGCUAACUGCUCUCAGCCUUGGCGUGCCCCACCCCCGUAACGAUGAAGGGCAUGAAUGGCAUUGUUCCCAUUGAGUCCACUUUGUUCCAGUCGAUUAUUUGCUAAGGUACAAUAAGGUACACGUCAAAAAUGAUAUUACCGUUGGAAGGCAC